CAGAGGCAGGCAAGGAGAUCCUGACCACUACUGGGUGUCAGAAUUAGCCUCUGAGGUUAGGGUUCUGCUUCCUUCUGAUGGCUCGCUCCCAGCUUUGCAGUCCCAGCCCGUGGCUAUGCGGGACCUACACCAUCUAUGGCGGCCCUGGAGGCGGAAAUGCGGACGAGAAAGGGGGGCGAAUCUUGGAGGCCUGGCUUCCCUUAUCAUCGGCCAGGGAAAAGGUGAAUGAACGUGGGAGGCUUUUAGUGCAAAGUCCAGGGUGCCCAUUACGGUUCCAGGCCAACGACGGAGUCGCAUCGAGUCAAAAGCAAGAGCAUGCACAGACUUCCGAUCCUGCGGGAACUCCGGAGAGCUCAGAACUACACUGGCGCGGGAGCUUCCGCCACUCUCAGUAAGACAGCCGCAGCAGCCUCACUUCCGCCUGUGCCGGAAGAGCAGCCUCUGGCAAGCAUGGCGGCGUCUAAGGUGAAGCAGGACAUGCCCCCGCCAGGGGGUUACGGUCCCAUCGAUUACAAGCGGAACCUGCCGCGCCGGGGACUGUCGGGCUACAGCAUGUUCGCCAUAGGCAUUGGGGCCCUGCUCUUCGGAAACUGGAGGAUGAUGAAGUGGAAUCGUGAGCGCAGGCGCCUGCAGAUCGAAGACAUGGAGGCUCGCAUUGCUCUCAUGCCGCUGUUCCAGGCUGAAAAGGACCGCAGGACCCUGCAGAUGCUGCGGGAGAACUUGGAGGAGGAGGCUGUUAUCAUGAAGGACGUGCCCGACUGGAAGGUGGGUGAGUCUGUGUUCAACACGACGCGCUGGGUGCCACCGGCCAUAGGCGAGCUGUACGGGCUGCGCACCACGGAGGAGAUGGUCAAUGCCAACUAUGGAUACAUGUCCUACACAUAGGACGCCCCUAGGCUCUCAAAAUAAAUCCUAUAAACAGUU